CUAUCUCUGCGGCAUCAGCUUCUGUUAGUACGCCUAAUCCUACUGCUGCUGCUACGCGAUUUCAAUCAUCACCAGCUGUACCACUACUGCCACCAACGCCGUCUCCCCAUCCUUCUCCUUCCCUCGACAAAUUACAAUUGCCCAAGCAGGGCCAACCAAAGCAACGAGAAUACAAUACUCCAGAUGAUAUCUUGAAUUAUAGAGCCUUUAAGAAAUCCGUUCUCAACAAAUUGCAAUUGGAGCCAGGGAAGAUGUAUUCUGCAGUUAGCUUUUACGUAACCCCAAGGCCAGAGAGAAAAUGUGAAUGGCCGCAGAAUUUGUCAGUAGAAUUCAAUGGUCAGGAAUUAGGAAUAACAAAGAAAAUGAGAAUCGUAUUGGCUAACGGAACUCCAAGCUAUACCGGAAAAGAUAUGCCUUACGAUCUAACGCCUCAUAUUGUUGAAGGCAACAAUAUAUUAAGGUUUAGGCAAAACAUGCUAAUUCCGAGAAACUACCUAUUUUCUGUUUCUGUUUAUGAGCAAUACAGUGAAAACUAUAUCAAAGAAGUGGUUGCGAAUGCUACGAUUUCUAUUGACAAAAGUCAGCAAUUAAUCGACAAACUAUUAGGAAGUGGUUCAAACCAAAAUGAUGACGAUGAUGAUUUGGUCGUGAUACAGUCAUCUGUCAGGUUAAGCUUAAAAUGCCCUAUUACACUCAAGAGAAUUAAGCAACCUGUACGAGGUCGCAAUUGUAGACAUGUAGAUUGCUUUGAUUUCCUUGGUUAUAUUUUGAUCAAUAAGAUUGAAAAUGCAGCUUGGAAAUGCCCUCAUUGCAAUAACACAGUAGGACCUAAACAAUUAGCCAGGGAUUUAUUGAUGGAGUCUCUUUUGAAAGAAUUGCCAGGAAAUGUAAUAGAAAUUGAAUAUACCGAAAGCCACGAAAACUAUCAAAUAUCUAAAAUGGAAGAUAUUGAAUCGGACAAUGAGGACACAAAGGAUUCUAACGAUGACCAGGAACAUGAUAACAAACCUGACGAUAAGAGGAAUAUUGUGAAAAUAGCUUUACCGAAAGCAGUGGACGUGAUAGAUCUGAUAAGUGAUUCCGAAGAUGAAGAUGAUCGUAGACCCAAGGAUCAACCAGCCACUAAAAAACAAAAACGAUAUCGAAACAAAAGUUUUCGUCAAUGUUCCGGCUCUAAAGAACUCUAUGAUAUAUACCCAUAGUUUGCUAGCAUUCAUUAUUUCACAUGUUUUCUUUUACGAGUUUUCAAUAAAUAUAAAUAUAACAUCAGGAAAGGAUUUACUAUUGUCUAUCUGGCAUCUAAAAUGCAGUGAAAUAAGCAUCUAAUGUAUUUGUACUGCUAACAAACAAUUCAUUGUCCACUGACACUAGUAACUGAUAUGGGUAUAAGGAUAGCGGCUCAUAUUUAGUUUGAACCGUUGGUUUGCGGUCUUGAGUAUCGAUUUCAUUACUCUCUUCUUGAUCUGUGAAAGUAUAUGAUUUUUCCUGAAGUAGUAAGGAUAUAAGAAGUUAGCAUAUUGAUCAUUGAUUCUUAAACAACAGAACGUUACCGCUCUUAUAAUCGUCUGUUGAGAUGUACGAGCCGCAAAUCUGUAUAAAAUACGAAAUCCUUCCACUUUAAGCAGUUUGGAUUUAAUAGAGCGAAUCAGUGUCUUAACCGAAAUAAACUGUUAUA